GAGUGUGACACGUGGGAGCUUACUAGUGGUAGAAUACAAUUGAUCCUCGAAAAGAAGUCAGCUUUUUCCGUAUCCGUCAAUGGAAACCAGAGUUUGGUGUCGCUUUGUAGUUUCGAUCAGACAUUAACACAAACAGUUGGUGUGCGUUCUCUCCAGACUAGCCUGUGCUCUAGUUUCGGAGAUGAAGUACGUAUUGGUGACUGGAGGAGUGGUGAGUGGGCUUGGCAAAGGCGUUACCGCCAGUAGUAUCGGCGUCGUGCUUAAAGCUUGUGGCCUUCGAGUUACCUCCAUUAAAAUUGAUCCAUAUUUGAACACUGAUGCUGGUACUAUGUCCCCUUUUGAGCAUGGAGAGGUUUUUGUACUUGAUGAUGGUGGAGAGGUUGAUCUUGAUUUGGGGAACUAUGAAAGAUUUCUCGAUGUGACACUAACCAAAGACAACAACAUAACCACUGGGAAGAUAUAUCAGUCUGUUCUUGAGAAGGAACGGAAAGGCGACUAUCUUGGGAAGACUGUUCAGGUUGUUCCACACAUUACUGAUGCAAUCAAGGAUUGGAUUGAGUCAGUUUCUCUGAUUCCUGUGGAUGGAAUGGAAGGCCAAGCUGAUGUUUGUGUUAUUGAGUUGGGCGGGACUGUUGGUGACAUCGAAUCAAUGCCUUUUAUCGAGGCCUUGAGACAAUUGUCAUUCUCAGUUGGACCGGAAAAUUUCUGCCUGAUUCACGUGAGCUUGAUUCCCGUUCUGGGUGUUGUUGGGGAGCAGAAAACAAAGCCAACCCAACACAGUGUCCGAGAACUAAGAGCUUUGGGAUUGACUCCUCACUUUUUGGCAUGUCGCUCUGCUCAGCCACUACUGGAAAGUACCAAGGCAAAAUUGUCUCAGUUUUGUCAUGUGUCGGCAGCUAAUAUUCUCAAUAUCCAUGAUGUUCCAAACAUUUGGCAUGUUCCUCUCCUACUCCGUAAUCAAAACGCUCAUCACUCGAUUCUCAAACAACUGAAUCUAACUAGCGUUGCAACAGCACCUGAUCUGGAUAGCUGGACUAGGAUGGCUGAGACUUUUGAUAACUUGACAAAUCAUGUAAAAAUUGCUAUGGUUGGAAAGUACAUUGGUCUAACCGAUUCUUAUCUAUCGGUUGUUAAGGCCCUUCUUCAUGCCUGCAUUGCAUGUUCAUUGAAGCCACAUAUCGAAUGGAUUGCAGCUUCAGAUCUUGAAGACGAAAGUGAGAAAUCGACUCCGGAGGCACAUGCUGCUGCUUGGAACAUCUUGAAGAGCGCAGAAUGCAUUCUGGUUCCUGGUGGUUUUGGAGAUCGUGGCGUGAGCGGAAUGGUUUUAGCAGCCAAAUACGCUAGAGAGAACAAAAUUCCUUAUCUUGGGAUCUGCUUGGGGAUGCAAAUUGCAGUAAUUGAGUUUGCCAGAUCUGUUUUGGGUUUGGAAAGAGCAAAUAGCACCGAGUUCGAUGCUCAGACAUCUGACCCUGUUGUUAUUUUUAUGCCAGAAGGCUCAAGAACACAUAUGGGAAGCACAAUGAGACUUGGAUCCCGAAGAACACAUUUACAGAACCAAGACUCUCUCACUUCAAAGCUCAAGUUGUUUUCUCUCCGGGCAUUUACCAGAUACGGCGAAGUUAGUUAUGUAGACGAAAGGCAUAGGCACCGUUACGAGGUGAAUCCAGAAGUAGCUCAAGCACUUGAAGAAGCUGGUUUAAGAUUUGUGGGUAAAGAUGAUACAGGAAAACGAGUUGAGGUGAUUGAGUUUCAAGAUCAUCCAUUCUAUGUUGGAGUUCAGUUUCAUCCAGAAUUUAAGUCAAGGCCUACUAGACCUUCUCCUCUGUUUUUAGGAUUUAUAUUGGCUGCGAGUAAGCUUCUUCAGGCCCAUUUUAGCAAUUGAGUCGAAGAAGCUCGAGCUCUUUCUUCUUCAUCGUCGUUUUACAUUUUGUGUAUAUAUUAAUAAAAGAAUAAAGCCGACAUUUUUUUGUUACUUUGUCCUUUUAUAUAAUAAAGAGCCUUAAAUUGAAGGCAAGACUUAUUAUUCACUGACAAGUGACGACA